GCGAUGCUCGGUUUAGUUCUUCUCGUGAUUUCAACCCGUGUGCAUCUUCUCACUACGAGGAGCAGUCCGAAUUGCACCCUUACUGUCGUGUUAUCAAAGAAAACGUGAAUGUUGUAAUAGUCAUACUCGAAAAUUUAAGAGAUAGUAACCGGCUGGACUUAGUAAAUAUUUUCAUUCGAAUAAGAACGAAGGUGUUGCGUCGCGUGACUACUGUGAUGAAAGACAAGUUCCCAAUAUCCCAUUUGAGGUAGAGAAAAUAGAAAAUUAUCGCAGUUCAAAAGCAUACGGCUUCGAUGGAAAUUUUGUCGAGAGUGGCAGGAAGUUUUGCUGGCCUCUGGAGACAUCGGCGACGUCCCCACAACGACGAACACAUUAGUCGUAAUCAUGCAAAUGCCGACGACCGAGAACCUAACGCUUAUCAGGUGGCCAAAUAUUUACAAUGCAAUCCUGAGUUCUUGGACACAUAUGUCAUGGAUGAAAUCCAGCUAGAACAGUUAGAAAGGUGGAUGAUACGAAAGACCCAGAGAUCCAGGAAGGUUACCCAAUCUGUCAGUAAAAAUGGCCGAAAAACGAGCCUCAGCCGUUGGAAAUUUUGCGUACACGCUGAUAAGCGCCAGAUGCUGCAAGAUCUCAUACACUCGUUGCAGUUACGGCCAACGAAAAUGCACGUGCUCUGGGAGCUGGCAUCUUGCAUUUGUUCGGCCGUUAAUGCGGAUGGAUUCCGCUUAUACUUGACGGAUGCAUCGGAUGCCGAUGCAUUGCAUUUAUGUCUGAGUAACAGUUUUAUCGAUGAAAACGGAGAUCCUAAACCACUGAGGAUCAAAUCGGAUGCAGCGAUACCGAACUAUGUUGCGAAAACGAGGGAACCUAUACGAUUCUCCAAAGGAGAUGACGACCAACGAUUUAACAAGGAUGUUCUAGAUAAGAGUGAAAUGGCACAUGUGAUGUGUCAGCCAAUUGUUUAUCCAGAUGGAUCACUAGUAGCUGUUCUGGAGUUGUGGCGCCGGGACUGUGGAUCGCCAUUUUACGAGGAAGAUGAAGAAAUUGGCUGUAGUUAUUUGGUUUGGGGAGGUAUCGCAAUACAUUACGCACAUCUCAAUCUAGUCGGACUCAAACAGCGGAAACUCAACGAUUUUCUGCUGGCAGUGGUUAAGUCCAUAUUUCAAGAUAUGGUUAGCAUGGAUAUGUUAGUGUCAAAAGUGAUGAACUUUGCUCAACGACUUGUCGAUGCAGAUCGUGCUUCGCUGUUCCUUGUAGACUCUAAAAGCAAGGAACUGUAUGCAACUAUAUUUGACGUAGGCUGUGACGAAAAGACUGCAAUGAACGAAAACGAAAACGAAUUGAACAAGGCCCCAAAGGAAAUAAGAUUUCCGCUAGGAACCGGUAUUGCCGGUCAAGUCGCUAUGACAGGUGAAAUUCUGAACAUAGUUGACGCGUAUGCAGAUUCAAGGUUUAAUAGAACAAUAGAUCAAAUAACGGGAUACAAAACCGAAUCCAUUUUAUGCAUGCCGAUAUUUAUACGAGGUAAUAUUAUUGGCGUUGUACAAAUGGUGAACAAGCGAUCCGGCUACUUCAGCAAGGAAGACGAAGAAGCUUUCGAAAUGUUUGCGGUGUAUUGUGGAUUAGCUCUACAUCACGCCAAACUAUACGACAAAAUACGAAGAUCUGAACAAAAAUAUCGCGUAGCUUUAGAAGUGUUAAGCUAUCAUAACACGUGCUCCGAAUCUGAGGUUGAACACUGUCUCGUGGAAGGCAUACCACUAAAGAUACCAGGCAUUGAUAGCUACGAUUUCAGCCCAUUCGUGAUAGAUGACUUCCAGAAGGCCAUCUACAGUGUGUUCAUGUUCAAGGAUCUGUUUGGCCUGAGCCGAUUCGAUAAAACUAGUCUGAUACGAUUUACAUUGACGGUGAAGAAAAACUACAGGCGUGUUCCAUACCACAACUGGACACAUGGAUUUUCGGUGGCCAACACUAUGUACAGUAUUAUAAAAAAUUGUCCACACGUGUUUCGGCCCAACGAGUGUUUGGCAUUAUUCAUUGGAUCUCUUUGCCAUGAUUUGGACCACCGGGGUAAAAACAACAAAUUCAUGUUGGAUACGGAGUCCCCCUUAGCUGCCAUAUACAGCACGUCAACUAUGGAGCAUCACCAUUUCAACCAAACGGUUACCAUACUUCAACAGGAAGGACAUAACAUAUUUAGCAAAUUAAAUAGCAAUGAAUACAAACAGGUAUUGAGCCUAAUCAAACACUGCAUCCUUGCAACAGACCUCGCACUAUUUUUUCCUAAUAAGGACAAACUUAGCAAAUUAGUGGAUAAUGAACAAUUUUCGUGGACUGUCGCCGAGCAUCGAAUGCUGAUUCAAACUAUCGCCAUGACUGGAGCUGACUUGUCUGCUUCGGCGAAACCUUGGGCAGUACAAACGGAAACCGUGAAGGUAAUUUUCGCUGAAUUCUAUGACCAAGGAGACGAGGAGAAAAAGGCAGGACGACAACCUAUUGCAAUGAUGGAUCGCGAUCAACCUGAACAACAGGCUGCGUCUCAGUUGGGUUUCCUGAACGGAAUUUGUAUUCCAUGCUAUACGCUUCUACAUCGACUCAUUCCGGAAACGAAACCAAUGCUUACGAUGUGCAAUGAGAACCUAGAACGGUGGCAACAAAUUUCGCAUGAUAACCAAAAGAAGGCUCAACAGCAGAGCUAAGGACGAGUCGGAAAAAGAUAUUGUUAAAGGACGAUGUUGUUUAGAUGGUUAAUAGGUCACAGAGUUAAGAGCUGAAUGGAAAUUGCCGGUAUAACACUUUCGCAUUUAAAAAAUGUGGAAAAUAGCACAAGUAAGAGUCGAACACAAAAUUAUUGCAACACUUAUUAAUAUCCAGUUUGAAUUUCUUUAUUUUUGAAGUUAAAAAUUUUAAUAUUUUCGAAUAUUUAAAAAACAAUUCUUGAUCGAUCAUCAAACUUAACUUUAAUAAAUAUAUUAUUGAAUAAACUUGUCAAUGAUCUCGAAUGUUCUGAUCAUUUGCAGCAUUUCAUUUGAAAUGCUGCCCAAAUAUCUACCAUGAAAUUUUCAAGGCUUCAACUUCUAGUAGUAAAAAAGCGCAACAGCGCAUAACAGCGUCAUCGAAAAAUUCGUACAGACUGAAUUUAAUUAAUUAAUCAAACUGUAGAAGUGGUUCUGGACAAGGUCAUGUUCGUCAGAUUAUGCGUUGACUAACGAAUACACGAAUCAAAAAGGGUUGUUGUACCCAUCGUUUGUACAGUGAUAUGGAACUACAAUUAAGAAGAAUCCCUGAACAGACGAGGCGGAACGCACAGAGGGAUUGUAUUGCUGGGUAAUAUUGACUCUUAAGGGACUUUGGGUCAUUUUUUUUACUG